CGUUGGGAGCCGGCAGCCCCGCACGCUUCUUCUUCCCGCCGCGCCGCCACCCCACCAAUCCCCAGUCCCCCACGAAAGACCAAACCCCUCGCCCUCCUCCGCUAUUUCCCAGCCGAAUCCCACCCAUCCCGACCAAUUCUGUGGUCCGCCGCGCCCUCCAUACCCCCGCCCCUGUGGCGCACUCAUCUCUCUCGCCGCGGCAAAAUCGUUUAGCCGUCCCAAUCCGACCACUUUUCUCCGAUCGAGCAUGAGCAUGGCGUUCUCCUGCGCGGGCGCGCGCCUCCACGGUCGCACCGGCGUCGGCGGCGCCAAAUGCCGUCCCGGCGCGGCUCUGCUCGGGCGGCGGGGCACCUGCUUCCGUCCGACCGCCUGGAGGUGGAGCACCGCCAGGGGAAUCCGCGCUGACCUCCCGCCACCGCCGCGGGCGAGCGCGGAUGGCGCCGCCACCUCCGGCCCGGACGUCGUCGUCCCCGAAGCGGGGGACGCUACUGAGGAGGUGGCCGCGGUUGUUCAACCUGUUGUGCUCCCGGAGAAGCUUGAUGUCGAUGAUGGUGGAAAUGGCAAGCUCCCUCCCGCCGCCGGCGGCGGUGGGGACGGCGAGAAUGGCGGCGGUAGCGGCGGCGGGGGUGACGGUGACGAGGAGGAGGAUGAGUUCGGACCCAUACUCAGCUUCGACCAGGUGGUCCAGGAGGCGGAGAAGAGAGGGGUUAGUCUGCCCAGUUUGCCCACGGACAUAGUUGAGGCGGCCAAGAGCGUUGGGAUUCAGAAACUGCUGCUGCUGAGAUAUCUGGACAUGCAGGCGUCGGCUUGGCCCUUGGGGCCUGCAAUUAGGUCCUGCUCGCUUCUCCGGAAUAGGAUGCUGGUUGAUCCUGCAUUCCUCUUCAAAAUUGGCACUGAGAUAGUCAUCGAUACAUGUUGUGCGACAUUUGCUGAGGUUCAGAAGAGAGGGGAGGAGUUUUGGUCAGAAUUUGAGUUGUAUGCUGCAGAUAUGUUGGUAGGAGUAGUUGUUAAUGUAGCUUUAGUCGGCAUGUUAGCGCCAUAUGCUCGAUUUGGUAGCAGAUCUGCAUCAGAAGGUCUCCUUGGGCGCGUUAGGCAUGCUUAUGAUGCCCUCCCAAGCAGCGUUUUUGAAGCUGAAAGGCCAGGAUACAAAUUUUCUGUGCAGCAACGGAUAGGAACAUACUUUUUCAAGGGAAUAUUGUAUGGUUCUGUUGGAUUCUUUUGUGGUCUUGUGGGACAAGGGAUUGCUAAUUUGAUAAUGACAGCCAAACGGAGUGUUAAGAAGUCAGAUGAUGAUGUACCUGUUCCACCUCUUCUCAAGACUUCUGCUUUGUGGGGUGCAUUCCUUGCUGUUUCUUCCAACACACGGUACCAGAUUAUUAAUGGAUUAGAGCGCCUGGUUGAGGCUUCACCUGUUGGGAAGCGUGUCCCGGCUGCUUCUUUGGCAUUCACUGUUGGUGUGAGGUUUGCCAAUAACGUGUACGGAGGGAUGCAGUUUGUUGACUGGGCAAGAAUGAGUGGCUGCCAAUGAGUUGCGAGCUUUCAUUUCUGUGAUGCUUUUUAUUGCAGUCACUAUUCACCGCGAUGCUGUAUUGUUGUUGCUUGCUGUCUGCUACCUGUUAUUCCACCCAAAUUCGUCGAAUUUUCAUCAUGGCAAAGUCAAAGAUGUGGUAUAAAUAUCUUGGGGGGCAAAAGAUAUAAAAAAUAAAUGUGGAGGUUUCUCGGAGAAUGAUGAGUUUAGCAUUAGGAGUGCUUAGCGCAGCAUAGAACCAGGAGAGGUUGAAUUGCUUGUUUUGUUGUUGAAGAUGUCACCGUCUUGAUUUGGAUAGUUGAGUGUACUAGUACUUGCUUAUACUCUAUUGAAUUUGCUGUUCUCAUAUUUUCAUAUGUUCUGUGGACUACUUUGGAAGUCCAACAUCUUGUCACUUAUUUAUUAUUAGUUUUUAUGGUA